UGGCAGCAACAAUAGUAGCAUCUUCUCCCUGGGCGAGCUAGGGGGACUACCCCUCGGUGCAACUUCCAGCCGACAGCGAGUUGUACCCAGAUACUGCAGGGGUACCCGACACAGAGCUCCUGGUCUGUGGUCUGGAGGUCCUGGCCAAGGGUGUCCUGUGGCAGCAGUAACUUCUGUGGUCUGAGUGCAAUGGAUCAUCCACGGGGACCCAAGAAGCCUCCGUCGGGGAGGAGAGCCAGGUCUCUGGAGAGGUCACACAGCCCCAAGAAGGACUCAGAGUCAUGGAACUGCAAGGGCCAUUCCCUGCCCAUGUCCACUCCCCCCUCCAAGAGGGUGCUUCACCAGACGGCCAGUGAUGGGACCAGAUGUCCCCAGAGCCCAGCUCAUGGCCAUGGUGUCCUGAGCCUGGAGGAGACCAAGAAGUUUCUCUCCAGUGACCAGAGGCCUCCGCAGGACACCAAGAAGGACAAGACCCAGAAGCGGGGCCAGCAGGGGUGGCUGAAGACCAUCAUAAACUUCUUUCUGAGGACAGGCCCUGAGGAGCCCAAAGACAAGGCCAGCCGGAAGGCAAAGGGGAAAGAAGGCCUCCCCAAGUCUGCAGAAACCCCGGAAGCACCAGGGGACACAGCUCCCAGGAAGAAAGCCCACGACAAGAAGGCCAGCCGCAAGAAACACAGUCACAAGAAACAUGCUGCUGAAGAAACCAAGGGGGCCCAAGAUCAUGAGGCCGAAGGCCAAGAGACAGGGCUGCCCAACCUGGCUGCUACCCCAUGCUCCAAGGAGGCUGACCGGGGCCCAGCACCCAAGGGUGGGGAAGGUUCUGAUCUUCCCCAGUCCUUGUGCAUUGAGGAUGGGGUUCCUGGAGCAGCAGAAAUUUCUCCUCAAGCCACAGGUCACCGGUGGGGAGAAGACCUCAAAAACACUGACAAGGAUACAAUCAUCAAGAUGAUAGUGGAAUUUCUCCAAAGAGUGGGAGACCAGUGGGAGGAAGAGCAGCUUCAAGCUCCUCAGCUGGUGUUGGUGUCGCAGAACCCAGCGCCAGCUGUCAGGAAGAAAUCCCAAGAGAAAAAGUCUAACUUCAAGAGAGCCUUUUCUCACAAGAAACAUAGCUCGGAGGAGCCUAAGAGAGCGGGGCCUGGAGAGGUCUCCAGCCCAGAGUCCCGGCCACUCAAGAGGCCCAGCUUUCUGCCCCUGUGUGUGGGGGGCCAUCAGCCCUCCACCUCUAGCAGCCCUGGCUUGGAGGAACAUAACAUACAAGAGGCCGCAUCCACAGACAGUGGGGGUCCAAGUCCCUUCCAGCUUUCCUCCCAAGCAGGAGGUCAGGAACCAGAAGAGGACGUGCAGACCAACACAGCCUUGGAAUUCAAAGAAUUCAUCCAGGAGAUCAUUGCCCUACUCCCGGAUGCAGAGGAGCAGUGGGGAGUGAAGCAGCUUCAAGUCCAGGAACCAGAGGUGGCUGUAGAAAACCUGUCCCUACCCUACAGAAGGAAAUCCCAUGAGAAAAAGAGCAGCUUCAGAAAAGCCUUUUCACAUAAGAAACAUGGCUCCAAGGACCAGAAGAGAGCUGGGGCUGCAGGUGCCACCAGCCCAGAGUCCCGGCCGCACAGGAGGCCCAGCUUUCUGCCCCUGUGUGUGGGAGGCCAUCAGCCCUCCACCUCCAGCAGCCUUGAUCUGGACGGCGUCGAGUUCCGGGAGUCCUUGCCCACCGAAGGGGCACCUGUUAAGCCCUCAGAUGCACCCUCCCAGACCAGAGGCCAUAAGCCAGAGGAGGGACCACAGCCAGAUGAAGUGUUCGAAUCUAAGGAGAUGAUCAUUCAGAGGCUGGCGGACCUUCUCCAGGAAGUGGAUGGCCAGUUAGGGGAGCAGAUCAAGCGACACCCCAGCUUUAAGAGGUUUUUAUACAGGCUCUCAGACUCCUCCCUCAGGAAGCUGGCAGCCACCCUACACAGUCAGCAGGCCCACUCUACGGAGUCGGACAGGAAGCUAAUUAAGGGACCCUACCACUUUGCCUUUGGCUUGCCUAACAAAUUUGCUGGCAACAACAGCCACGCCGUCCUCAGCCUCAUGGGCCUGCGCUACAGCCAACACAGCUACUCCCAUUUCCCCUGUCGGGAGGCCCAGCAGAAUAUCACAAGUCCUGAAACCGGAAGUCCAGAUUAAAAGCUAUACUUUUAACUCAAGUUUCCUUGAACUACCUGAGCAACUGUAAGCUUUAGCCGGUCCCUCUGAAGAUGCUUCAUAAUAUCCCAAUCCAGUGCUUCACAGGCAUGAACGAAGACAAGUAUGGAUGGCCAUCUGUGUCCGUGUGCCCUUGUGGGCUUACUGAGACUGAGAUACACAAAGCCCUCUUCCACUUAGCAGGAGGCAGAGGCCAUGUCUGGGAAAGAAAAGCAUUGUACUGGGAGUUAGGAGACCAGAGCUCCACCUCCUGACCUGCCCCAAACUUGCUGCAAGAUCCUGGACUUGUCACCUUCUCCACACCUUGGAUUCUGGGCAAAAACUAUGUGACCCAUCAGACCUCUUUGGACUCUAUCAUGCUGAAGUCUCCCUAAAUGGGGUGGGGGUGGGGGAGUCAGGCUUUCACUCAGUGGCUAAAUACACCCCACUGAGUUGGAGGCAGUCCUUAAGUCUUCACUGAAUGAAUGAAUGAUCAGACAAAUGAGUAUGAGAGCUCCUGAGAUCCAGAUGCUUCUACCAGGCAUUCCUUGGAAGGCCGUGGUCCUCAACUGGGAUUGUGCAACCGGUAGUUCUAUCUCCAAAUUGGGGGCUGGGGUCAAGGCCUUCACAUUCUGGGGCCAACCCUAGUAUGGACUUAGGUACCCUUAUUUUUUACUAUCAUGUAUUUUCUUGACCCUUAGGGGCUAAAACAAUACCUACUAUCAUGUGAAAAGCUGGCUGGCAUUUUCUAGAUGUCAAUUUCAAGUGAGCCUUAGUUUUCUAUCUAAAUUUUUGUUUAAUCUCCCACCAGAAUACCCACAUGCAUUUAGCUAGAUGUGCAUCCAUGUGCAACAAGCAAUUUAUUCAGUUGACCAACAGUGAUUACCAAUAUCCACAUGGAUGUGCAGACACCUCUCAGGAAGUCUACAGGCCUCAGAUAGAGAAGACCUGUGAAUUGGGGAUCCUCGGUCUCUCAGAAUCCUUCCAGUGCUGUAAUACUAUAAUUCUAUGUCCAGAGAAGUGAAGCUGAUGUCUUGCACUUCUCCCAUCUCAUGAGGGUUUGUCAAGAGUCAGUGAGAAAAUGAAUAUGGAGAGUUCUGAAAAUUACAUGGUGCUAUGUUCAUGUAUGUUGUUAUUCUUAUUACAGAUACAACUGGGUAGUUUUCAGGAAAUAGGGAAGGGCUUUAAGAUGGAUUGCCAGGGAUGGUUGCAUGGGUGUGCACUGCUCAAGAGUACCAUACCCCAGGAAAUGCUAUUCACUUCCUAGACAUUGUAGAUUUAUAGAUUUAUGAUAAUAGUUUUCUGCCUCAUGGCAGAAAAGUCUUGAGAAAGGGACUCCCUUUUGUUUUUGCACAAAGGUGAGGUGUAGGCUGUUAGAGGCUCUGCCUUCUACAAAGCUGAAUAGUUUGAACAGCUUGGCUCAGAUGGGCAAUUUGCACAUGUCCCUGCAUGCCCAACAGGGCUAUAAACAUAGCCAUUGGACAUUGCCCGGAACACAUGACCAUGGGGGAGAUAGUGUUAAAAUCUAGACUCAUUCUUAUUACCCUUAUAGUGGACACUGCAUUGUCGUGUUGAACCCAUGGUGAUCACUGUAGGGUAGGACUGGAGAGGGAGUAAAACCAAGGGCGGUGAGGCCUUGGGCACUUAGACAGGACUGGCCUCAAACCGGAGGCAAAGUUUUAGGAAGUUCAACAAAGCAUAUUCUGAAGUCAUCUUGUUUUAUUGCCGAUCCUAAGAAGUUGGGGAGAGAUGAGCUAUUUAUGGAUUUAUUUUAGUGUCAAGAACACAACCCCUAAAUGUAAAGGGGCAGAAUCAGUUCUGUAAUGAAGGUCAGGAACCUUCUGUACAUAAUUUCUUAUUUGGGAUGAUGUUCUUUCAGUUGUAGGAGUAUUUGGUAUGAGUUCCUGAUGCUGGCAUCUGAGUCUCAUUUUUGUACUGUGUUAUUUAAGCAAAUAAAGACAUUGCCUUGCA